UUCGUGCCAACAGUAGCCCCGCGGCCAUUUUUUGAAAAUUCAUAGCCUUACACGUGAAACAACAGUAUUUUUGCGUAACAUUACGCAACUGUCGCCGAAAAACCGCCCCAAAAUGAGUGUCACCACCGAAACGGUCAACUUUUACAACAAAGAGGCCACGAAUGCCGAGGAGCAAAUCGCGCUCCUGAAACAACAAAUCCUGCAACUACAACAAAACAUCAAGAGUAAAACCGUCGACGCAUCGCUCGACCCCGACUUGCAAACACUCUUCACCGAAAACACGAAGCUCAAACACCGCCUCACCAUCUUGCAAAGAGCGAUUUCGAACCUGAGCCAUUCAUCCCCAGCUCCACGGGACUCAACCAGGAUGCAAAACAUCCAGGAAAUCCUGGCUGAGGUGUUCAGCCAGGCGAUUGCAUCAGCUUGUCCGGACAUCACAGACCCGCCAGUUGUCAUCACCCUAGGUAACAACCCAAAGUUCGGCGACUACCAGUGCAACUCCGCCAUGCAAAUCGCCAACAUUUACAAACAGUUGGGCAAAAAGAUCACUCCUCGCGACGUCGCGAACAAAAUUCUCGAAAACGUCGCCCCACAUGAGGUAAUCGAGAAACUGGGAGUAGCCGGGCCGGGGUUCAUUAACGUAUACGUGAGUAAAAGUUUCGGGCUGCGCAACCUCUCCACGGUUUUCUCGCACGGGGUUAGGGCUCCCGAAGGAACGAAAUCGCGGAUCGUGGUAGAUUUUUCGUCGCCCAAUAUCGCGAAGGAGAUGCACGUGGGACAUUUACGGUCCACUAUUAUCGGGGAAAGUAUUUGUCGCUUGUUGGAGUUUUUGGGGCACGAUGUUUUGAGGAUCAACCAUGUGGGGGAUUGGGGGACUCAGUUCGGUAUGUUGAUUGCGCACCUUCAGGAUAAGUUUCCUGAUUAUUUGGAGCGUUCGCCCCCCAUCUCCGAUCUGCAAAGUUUUUACAAAGAGUCGAAAAAACGGUUCGACGAAGACGAAGAUUUUAAAAAACGGGCGUAUUCGUGUGUUGUUAAAUUGCAGUCGUUCGACCCUGACUACACAAAAGCGUGGCAAUUAAUCUGCGACGUGUCGCGUAAAGAAUUCCAGGUGAUUUACGACCGGUUGGACAUAAAGUUAAUCGAACGUGGUGAAUCCUUUUACCAGACUCGGAUGCUCGAAGUCGUCAAAGAGUUGGAAGAAGGGGGUUAUUUGGAGGAGGAUGAAGGUCGGAAGGUGAUGUGGGGGGAUAAAACUGCUAGCAGUAUACCUUUCACUGUGGUGAAGUCUGACGGUGGUUACACCUACGACACCUCAGACUUAGCCACGAUAAAACAACGCAUUCAGGAAGAAAAAGCCGACUGGAUUAUCUACGUGACGGAUGCCGGCCAAGCCACCCAUUUCCAGAUUUUGUUCCAGUGUGCCCGUCGAACGGGACUCCUCACUGAUAAAAUUCGCGUGGACCACGUCCCAUUUGGUGUGGUUUUAGGCGAAGACAAAAAAAAAUUCAAAACGCGAUCUGGGGACACCGUUCGCUUGAUCGACCUCCUCGAGGAAGGUUUAAAACGCGCCCUCGACAAACUCAAGGAGAAAAAUCGCGACGAGGUGUUGAGUCCCGAGGAGUUGCAGCGUGCCCAAGAAUCCGUCGCCUACGGUUGCAUCAAGUACUCAGAUUUGAGUCACAAUCGUAACCACGAGUACGUCUUCAGUUUUGACAAGAUGUUGGAGGACAAAGGCAACACUGCUGUGUAUUUAUUGUACGCUUACACUAGGAUAAAGUCGAUCGCGCGCACAGCCAACUUCGACGAGGCGAAAAUCGAGGAGUUGGCUAACAACCACUCGAUUUCUCUUGACCACGAGAAGGAAUGGAAACUAACGAAAGUCCUGCUGCGGUUCCCCGAAGAACUAAUCAAAGUCACGAAAGAUUUGUGUCUGCACCACUUGUGCGAGUACGUUUACGAAAUAGCCACCACGUUUACGGAAUUCUACGAUUCGUGUUACUGCGUCGAGAAAGAUUCGUCGGGAGACGUGGUCAAAGUGAAUCACGGGAGGAUUCUGUUAACGGAGGCGACGGCACGUGUUAUGAAGAAGUGUUUCGAUAUUUUGGGUUUGAAACCCGUGUCGAGGAUGUAACUGUUGAAAUAAACUUGUUUGUAUUUUA